AUGAGAACCAUCCGGAGGCACCGAUCUUCUACGGGCACAGAGCUGCUACUGGGACGCUGCAACCGGCUCCGGAUGUCCCGAGUUCGGGUACUUCUCGUAUUCCUAUGCGGGAUGCUGGCUAUGGCUCUGACACUUGGAUUUUCUUUCUCGAGUAAUGAUACAAGCGAUGAUGAUGACAGUAUUCAUAUGGACGAAAACAUACAAUUUCGUGUGCCAGACCUAAUAAGGGACAAGGUAGGUGAUGGAUCCUGCACUGUAUCCUCCGGUUUUCCAAUAUUGCGCUAAACCUAAGGAGUAUCCUACAUUUUAGGUGCUGCUGUCUUGCUACAGCCUACAUACCCCAGCCAGCCGGAACACUUAACCCUGUCUGUUCAACUAUAGAUGCUAUAAUAUAGCGUCAAUAUUGAUACACUUCACUGAUGGCAGAAAAUGUACCUCUAGUCAGAUCUUUGAUUGCUCAAUAAUAAACAGUAUUUGUGCCUGGUGACUGACAGUGUUCAAAAUGCAUAUGUGAAAAAACUACUGCAACUAUCUCCUCUCUCUCCUGCUGUCCUCCCCUUCUGCAGUUGACCCAUAACCCCCGUCGGGCCACUGUGGCCCAGAUCAAACGUCUGGUGGGCCAGGUGAAUUCAGGUAGACUGUGGUAUUCUCUCCUGAGGCCCAUCCUGGUAGAGAGACUGCCAGGUACCAGGGGCAGCCGUAGGGUGCGUGAGGUUAGGAACUCUACUGACUCUAUCAAGAGACAUCAGGGUAGAACGUCUGUAAUUACAGUGGAACUGGUGUCUCUUUAUCUCUGUCUUACAUGUUAUUGUAUCAAUUAACAUUUUGUUUCCUGAAAUAAUGCCCUUAGAUUAAAAUCACACCGUUUUUCUGUGGCUGCCACAGCAUAUCUACAGCCAUCUAGAGUUCCUGUCAGCGGGUUGGUCGUUGGAGGUCGACUCCUUCAACUCUGCUACCCCAAAGGGACUAAUCACCUUCUCCAACCUGAUGGCAGUCCUGGACCCCGCGGCCCCGCGCCGUCUGCUGCUGGCCUGCCACUACGACUCCAAGGACAUGCUCCCAGCUUCCAAAACCACUGACGGGCCUCUCAGGAGGUUCCUAGGGGCCAGCGACGCGGCCGUCCCCUGUGCCAUGAUACUGGAGCUGGUCACUGCUCUGGAUGUCCACCUGAAAGUGCUAAAACAACAGGUAAAGACUGUCUGCUUUGCUACAGUAGGACAAGGGUACACUUUAGAGGGCAAGGAUGAAAGUGAUGACUUGACAGAUCCUUUUAAGUUCCUGGUUGCACUGGGAAUAUAAGAUGUCGGAUUUGCAGAAAACUGAUGACAGGAUGUGGCUUCAGUGUGUGGUUGGGCUACCCUCUGACGUGUUUGCCUCUCUCCUGGGAUGUCAGACUAUUUAUAGACCUGGAGUCUGACCCAUGUUCACAUAUCAAUUAUUCAUACAUUUAUAUCCAAAUUAAACUGUGCAGACAUUGAUGGGUCGAGGCCCAGACAUCAUUAACACUCACUGGACAUCUCCCAUGUUGGCAUCAGAAGCAAUGCAUUUUAAAGGAUAUUGUAUGAUAGUCACAUAUUAUUCGACCAAUAUAUUAUUUUGUAAGCAUAUACACUACGAGUCCAAAGUUUGGACACACCUACUCAUUCAAGGGUUUUUCUUUAUUUUGACUAUUUUUUACAUUGUAGAAUAAUAGUGAAGACAUCAAAACUAUGAAAUAACAAAUAUGGAAUCAUGUAGUAACCAAAAAAGUGUUAAACAAAUCAAAAUAUAUGUUAUAUUUGAGAUUCUUCAAAUAGCCACCCUUUGCUUUGACAACAGCUUUGUACACUCUUGGCAUUCUCUCAACUAGCUUCAUGAGGUAGUCACCUGGAAUGCAUUUCAAUUAACAGGUGUGCCUUCUUAAAAGUUAAUUUGUGGAAUUUAUUUCCUUCUUAAUGCGUUUGAGCCAAUCAGUUGAGUUGUGACAAGGUGGGGGGGUAUACAGAAGAUAGCCCUAUUUGGUAAAAGACCAAGUCCAUAUUAUGGCAAGAACAGCUCAAAUCAGCAAAGAGAAACGACAGUCCAUCAUUACUUUAAUAAUAUUAAUAUAUAAUAUAUAAUAUUAUUAAUAAUAAUAAUAAAUAAUAAUAAUUUAAGACAUGAAGGUCAGUCAAUAUGGAAAAUGUCAAGAACUUUGAAAGUUUCUUCAAGUGCAGUGUCAAGGCGUGCUGUAGGUGCAGUGGCGGAAUCAAACGCAGGACGCAGACGGAUAAUCCAACAGACUUGUAUUAAGCCGAAAACACGGCAAACGGACAACACUUGCCCGAAGGCGAAAUACGCACGAAGGCGAAAAAGAAACAAACAGCGCACAAACAUGUGCGGAAACUCCAGCGCAGUGGAGAGAAGCUCAACCGAGCGAAAACACGUCUGACAACAAUCAAUAAUACACAACACCUGACAAACACAACGGGAACUAAAUAGGACACUAAUGACACUAAAUGAAAACAGGUGUGACAACACUCAGACAAAAGCAAACGAACAUGAAACAUACAACGGUGGCAGCUAGUAUUCCGGAGACAACGAACGCCGAAGCCUGCCCGAACAAGGGAGAGAGGCAGCCUCGGCCGAAACCGUGACAGUACCCCCCCCUUGACGCGCGGCUCCAGACGUGCGCUGACUCCGGCCUCGGGGACGACCCGGAGGACGCGGAGCCGGGCGCGUCGGGUGCCCACGAUGGAAUUCCGUCAGGAGAGACGGGUCCAAAAUGUCACUCCUCGGCACCCAGCACCGCUCCUCCGGACCGUACCCCUCCCACUCCACUAGAUACUGGAGACCCCCCAUCCGACGUCUCGAAUCCAAGAUGGACCUCACGGAGUACGCCGGUGCCCCCUCGAUGUCCAAUGGGGGCGGAGGAGUCUCCCUGAUCUCACUGUCUUGGAGUGGGCCAGCUACCACCGGCCUGAGAAGGGACACAUGGAACGAGGGGUUAAUACUUUUAUAUUCAACAGGUAGCUGUAAUUUAUAACACACCUCGUUCAACCUUCCCAGGACUUUAAAUGGCCCUACAAACCGCCGACCCAGUUUCCGACAGGGCAGGCGGAGGGGCAGGUUCCUGGUAGAGAGCCAGACUCGAUCACCAGGUGCGUACACCGGUCCCUCACUGCGGUGGAGAUCAGCGCUCGCCUUAUGACGUCGGAGGGCCCGCUGCAGGUGGACGUGUGCAGCGUUCCAUGUCUCCUCCGAGCGCCUCGCCCACUCAUCCACCGCAGGAGCCUCGAUCUGGCUCUGCUGCCAGGGUGCCAGAACCGGCUGGUAACCUAACACACAUUGGAAAGGGGUUAGGUUAGUGGAGGAAUGGCGUAGGGAAUUCUGGGCCAUUUCGGCCCAGGGAACGUACCUUGCCCACUCCUCCGGCCGGUCCUGGCAGUAUGUUCUAAGAAACCUGCCCACAUCCUGGUUUACACGUUCCACCUGCCCAUUACUCUCCGGGUGGUAACCCGAGGUGAGGCUCACCGAGACCCCCAACCGCUCCAUAAAGGCCCUCCAGACUCUGGAGGUAAAUUGGGGACCCCGAUCAGACACAAUAUCCUCGGGUACCCCGUAGUGCCGGAACACAUGGGUGAAUAGGGCUUCGGCAGUUUGCAGGGCGGUAGGAAGGCCCGGCAUGGGGAGCAAACGACAGGCCUUAGAAAACCGGUCCACAACGACCAGUAUAGUGGUAUUCCCCUGUGAAGGAGGAAGGUCAGUAAGGAAAUCCACCGAGAGGUGGGACCAUGGUCGUUGUGGCACGGGCAGGGGUAGUAACUUACCCCUAGGCAGAUGUCUAGGCGCCUUACACUGGGCGCACACCGAGCAGGAGGAAACAUAAACCCUCACAUCCCUUGCCAACGUGGGCCACCAGUACUUGGCACUAAGACAGUGCACUGUCCGGCCGAUACCUGGAUGUCCAGAGGAGGGUGACGUGUGAGCCCAAUAGAUCAAUCGAUCCCGAACCUCGAGCGGAACGUACUUCCGACCCUCCGGGCACUGUGGUGGACUAGGGUCGGUGCGUAACGCCCGCUCGAGCUCAGCAUCGACCUCCCACACUACCGGUGCCACCAGACACGACUCCGGCAGUAUGGGAGUGGGCUCCACGGACCUCUCCUCCGUGUCAUACCGCCGAGACAGCGCAUCUGCCUUACCAUUCUGUGACCCAGGGAUGUACGUGAUCUUAAAAGUAAACCUGGUCAAGAACAUAUUCCAUCUUGCCUGGCGAGGGUUCAACCUCCUCGCUGCCCGGAUGUACUCCAGGUUACGGUGGUCCGUCAAAAUGAGGAAAGGGUGUUGAGCCCCCUCAAGCCAGUGCCUCCACACCUUUAGGGCCUGUACCACGGCUAACAGCUCCCUGUCCCCUACGUCAUAGUUCCGCUCCGCCGGACUGAGCUUCUUAGAAUAAAAGGCACAGGGGCGGAGUUUAGGUGGCGCGCCAGACCGUUGUGAAAGCACGGCUCCUAGACCGGCCUCUGACGCGUCCACCUCUACCUGGAACGGCAAAGAGGGAUCCGGAUGCGCCAGCACCGGGGCCGAGGUAAACAGGUCCUUCAGCCUCCCAAACGCCCUGUCCGCCUCGGCCGACCACUGCAGACGCACCGGACCCCCCUUCAAAAGAGACGUGAUGGGAGCUGCCACCUGUCCAAAACCCCGGAUAAACCUCCGGUAGUAAUUCGCAAACCCCAAAAACUGCUGCACCUCCUUCACAGUGGUUGGUGUUUGCCAAUUACGCACGGCCGACACCCGGUCUACCUCCAUCUUCACCCCUGACGCAGACAACUGAUACCCCAAAAAGGAGACCGACUCCUGGAAAAACAGACACUUCUCUGCCUUCACAUACAGGUCGUGCUCCACCAGCCUCCGCAACACUCUACGCACCAGGGCCACAUGCUCGACACGGGUAGGCGAGUACACGAGAAUGUCAUCAAUGUACACAACCACCCCCUGCCCCUGCAUGUCCCUGAAGAUCUCAUCCACGAAUGAUUGGAAAACUGACGGAGCGUUCAUCAACCCGUAUGGCAUGACCAGAUACUCGUAAUGGCCCGAGGUGGUACUAAAGGCUGUCUUCCAUUCAUCGCCCUCCCUGAUGCGCACCAAGUUGUACGCGCUCCUGAGAUCUUAUUUAGUGAAGAAACGCGCCCCAUGCCAUGACUCAGUCAUGGUCGCAAUCAGCGGGAGUGGAUAACUGUACUUCACCGUAAUCUGAUUGAGACCACGGUAAUCGAUGCACGGGCGCCAACCACCAUCCUUUUUCUUCACAAAAAAGAAACUCGAGGACGCAGGGGAAGUGGAAGGCCGUAUGUAUCCUUGUCUCAGAGAUUCUUCUAUGUAAGUCUCCAUAGCUUUCUUCUCCUCUUGAGACAGAGGAUACACAUGGCUCCGUGGGAGCGCAGCUCCUGCCUGGAGGUCUAUCGCACAAUCUCCCUGCCUAUGGGGCGGCAACUGCGUCGCCCUCGCCUUACUAAACGCAAUAGCCAAAUCCCCAUACUCAGGGGGAACGUGCAAUGCGGGCACCUGGUUUGGACUCUCCACCGAGGUAGCCCCUACGGAAACGCCCAAACAUCUACCCACACACUGAGCAGACCACUCCAUCAGAGCCCUCUCCUGCCACGAAAUGGAUGGGUUAUGGGUACUCAACCAGGGCAUGCCCAGCACCACCGGAUACGCAGGAGAGUCAAUCAGAAAUAGCUGAAUCAUCUCCUGAUGACCCCCCUGCGCACACAUCCUAAGUGGCGCCGUGACCUCCCUGAUCAAGCCCGUACCCAACGGACGGCUAUCUAGGGCAUGAACGGGGAAAGGAACAUCAACAGGAAGAAGGGGAAUCCCUAACGCUAAACAAAACUUUUUAUCAAUAAAAUUCCCAGCCGCGCCUGAAUCUACCAGCGCCUUAUGCUGGGAAUGAGGUGCUACCUGUGGAAAACGCACAGGCAUACAAAAAUGUGCAACAGAGAGCUCUGGGUGAGUGGGGCGCCUACUCACCUGGAGGGAAUCCCCAGUGCGGGACCUGUCGUCCUCUCCCCUAGGAGGCCAUCCCCAGCACCUAGCCGCGGUGUGUCCUCCCCGACCACAGUUGGUGCAAGGGAUGGACCCCCUAGUAAGCCGACCCCUCCUCUCUCUAGCGCCAGCGCCCCCGAGCUCCAUGGGGCACGGCUCGGAAGCGCUGGAGGGUGAAAUGGACGGACCCCCCUCGGAACGCCCGCGGGUAGCUAGCAGGUUAUCCAGCCUGAUGGACAUGUCGACCAACUGGUCGAACGUGAGGCUGGUGUCCCUACAGGCCAGCUCCCGACGGACGUCCUCUCGUAGACUACACCUGUAGUGAUCGACGAGGGCCCGAUCAUUCCACCCUGCAUCUGCCGCUAGAGUACGGAAUUCGAGGGCGAACUCCUGAGCACUCCUCCUCCCCUGCCGGAGGAAGACCAGACGCUCCCCCGCCGCUUUCCCCUCCGGGGGAUGGUCAAACACCGCCUUGAAGCGGCGGGAGAACUCGUUGUACGUUAUGGUGUCCGCGUCGAUCCUCCUCCACUCCGCGUUGGCCCAUUCCAACGCCUUCCCGGACAGGCAGGAGAUCAGGGCGGACACGCUCUCAUGUCCCGAGGGCGCCGGAUGCACGGUGGCCAGGUACAGCUCCACCUGGAGAAGGAAACCCUGGCACCCGGCCGCGGUCCCAUCGUAAGCCCUCGGGAGCGAGAGUCGGACUCCUCUGGGUUCUGGUGCGGGAAUAGGCUGACUGGCCGAUGGUGCUGGCACGGAGGGUGGCGGUGGAGGCGUCCCCCAGCCUCGGAUGGUGGUGAUCACCUCCUGCAGUGCGGUCCCCAUCUGCAGGAUCUGGUCCCCUUGCUCCCUGUCCUCCAGAGUCGCCUGGGCUGCUGCGGCUCCUGCUGAUUCCAUUGUGGUGUAUUAUUCUGUCAAGGCGUGCUGUAGGUGCAGUGGCGGAAUCAAACGCAGGACGCAGACGGAUAAUCCAACAGACUUGUAUUAAGCCGAAAACACGGCAAACGGACAACACUUGCCCGAAGGCGAAAUACGCACGAAGGCGAAAAAGAAACAAACAGCGCACAAACAGGUGCGGAAACUCCAGCGCAGUGGAGAGAAGCUCAACCGAGCGAAAACACGUCUGACAACAAUCAAUAAUACACAACACCUGACAAACACAACGGGAACUAAAUAGGACACUAAUGACACUAAAUGAAAACAGGUGUGACAACACUCAGACAAAAGCAAACGAACAUGAAACAUACAACGGUGGCAGCUAGUAUUCCGGAGACAACGAACGCCGAAGCCUGCCCGAACAAGGGAGAGAGGCAGCCUCGGCCGAAACCGUGACAUGCAGAUGCAAAAACCAUCAAGCGCUAUGAUGAAACUGGCUCUCAUGAGGACCGUCACAGGAAUGGAAGACCCAGAGUUACAUCUGCUGCAAAGGAUAAGUUAAUUAGAGUUACCAGCCUUAGAAAUUGCAGCCCAAAUAAAUGCUUCACAGAGUUGAAGUAACAGACACACCUCAACAUCAACUGUUCAGAGGAGACUGUGUGAAUCAGGCCUUCAUGGUCGAAUUGCCGCUACUAAAUGACACCAAUAAGAAGAAGAGACUUGCUUGGGCCAAGAAACACGAGCAAUAGACAUUAGACCAGUGGAAAUUUGUCCUUUGGUCUGAUGAGUCCAAGUUUGAGAUUUUUGGUUCCAACCGCCGUGUCUUUGUGAGACGCGGUGUGGGUGAACGGAUGAUCUCCGCAUGUGUAUUUCCCACCGUAAAGCAUGGAGGAGGAGGUGUUAUGGUGUGGGGGUGCUUUGCUGGUGAGACUGUAUGUGAUUUAUUUAGAAUUCAAGGCACACUUAACCAGCAUGGCUACCACAGCAUCAAGGUUAAGGGUGGCUAUUUGAAGAAUCUCAAAUAUAAAAUAUAUUUUGAUUUGUUUAACACUUUUUUGGUUACUACAUGAUUCCAUAUGUGUAAUUUCAUAGUUUUGAUAUCUUCACUAUUAUUCUACAAUGUAGAAAAUAGUCAAAAUAAAGAAAAACCCUUGAAUGAGAAUAGGUGUGUCCAAACUUUUGACUGGUACUGUAUGUUAUAUUACAAGAAAAUCUAUCACUCCAACCCCUGUAUCAUUCUUUCUGUCUGUUUUUCUGUGUGGUAGAAGUCACAGGUGACGUUGCAGUUGGUCUUCUUUGAUGGUAAUGAGGCGUUUGAGCAGCCGAGCCCCUCCGACUCUCUGUACGGCUCACGUUACCUUGCUGACCAAAUGUCCCGUACACCUCACCCCCCAGGAGCCAAACAUACCACCCUGUUACACGCUUUGGUGAGGCUUUGUUAGUGUUUGUUACAAUGUUCCAUUGCCAAGCCUUAUGUCAUAUGCAGUGUAUGUUUUGCUUAGCUUAGUGUUCUGUAUGUUGAUUGGCAGGACCUGUUUGUUCUUUUGGAUCUGAUUGGUGCCCCUGACCCUAUGUUUGUCAAUCACUUUGACGACACUGUACGCUGGUUUGAUGAGCUCAUAUAUGCAGGUAAGGCCCCCACCCCUCUUCUCAAAAUGUUUACUCCAUAUACUGUAUCACAAAAAUUGCCUGUAUUGCCAGGUAAAUUAAUGAAUUAUUAUCACGCGGAUUGCUCACUGUAAUCGUAAUGGGGCAAAAACAUAUUGUAAUGGAGAUAAUGAGGUAGAGGGAAGGAGGCAGAGGUACACUUUAAUGACAGAAAGAGCCAGUGAGCAAGGCAAAGAUAGUUUGGCAGGUGGAUGACUGACUCAUGCUGAUACAGGACCAGGCUCUCCUGUGCUGAUCUGACUAUAAUUUCACUCAGUCACAGUAAUAAGAAACUUGAAAUGAGCUGUUCUUCCUCCCUCAUUUUUUCUGUCUCCUCUCUGCUUACCCCUCCUCCAUCCCCCUCCCCCCUCUUUAUCAUUGGCCUUGACUAUGGCCCACGGUGGCUGUCAUGUCCGUCUGCUAGAGAGGAGGCUCCAUAAGCUGGGUCUGCUGUCCUCCCACCCCAGAGAGGUGAGCUACUUCAGGAAGGACAUAAACCUGGGCCCUGUGGAGGAUGACCAUGUGCCCUUCCUCCAGCAGGGUGAGAGAGCACACCCACAUAGAUAGGCAGAUGGUUAGAGGGCACAUUUACUGACUAACAAGGAUGGAUGUUUAACAGUACACUAUGAAUAUCUACCAGUGGAGGCUCCUCAGAGGAGGAAGGGGAGGACCAUCCUACUCAGUGAAUUUCAUAAAAAUAAAAAUAGUGAAACAUUAAAGAUGCACUACGCAGAAAUCGCUCCGCCAUUUCCUGGUUGCUAAAAUUCUAAUAGUUUACCUAAUAUCAGGUUAUGUGAAGUAUAGUGUAGAGCCUUCAAACUCAACUCUGGACCUCAAAGCCAUUUCCACUGCAAUGUGCACUUAAUUAUCAGGUAGAACAGAAAACCAGCAGGCUCCGGACCUCGUAGGGUAAGAGUUGAAUAUCCCUGGUGUAGAGUCAUUAUUAUUAUUAUUAUUAUUAUUAUUAUUAUUGUACCAUCUAAACUGAGGUGAAUUAUAUUUUCCAUAACCAAAAAUAUUGUAUUUUCAGCUGUUUAAAGCUGGUAUACAAAACCGAAAGUAAAAGACAUAAAAACUCAACUUAAAAACGGGAAGCAUAGAAAUAGCGCAGAUAGAACAGAUCUACUGCUUCUUAGACUUACUUUCAAUGAGAAUGACAGAUCUAUAACUCACAUUUCUAUGAACAUUUUGUCAAGUCACCCAAAAAGAUACAUAUUGCAAGUUCUCCUUUUUAGAUAAAACUAUACUAAAUAUAUUCACUUCACCAAAUAACUGAUUAAAACACACUGUUUUGCAAUGAAGGUCUACAGUAGGCUCAACAGCGCUCUGUAGGGUAGCACCAUGGUGUAGCCGGACAGCUAUUUUCCGUCCUCCUCUGGGUAUAUUGACUUCAAUACAAAACCUAGGAGGCUCAUGGUUCUCACCCCCUUCCAUAGACUUACACAGUAAUUAUGACGACUUCCGGAGGACGUCCUCCGACCUAUCAGAGCUCUUGCAGCAUGAACUGACAUGUUGUCCACCCAAUCAAAGGAUCAGAUAAUUAAUCUAGUGCUGAAACCAUAAGCUACAGCUAGCUAGCACUGCAGUGCAUAAAAUGUGGUGAGUAGUUGACUCAAAGCGAGAGAAAGACAAUAGUUGAACAAUUUCAUUUUGUACAAAAUGAAGGAGAAGCAGCAGAGUGAGAGAGAUAUUUUGUUGUAUUUUUUUUUCACUUACACUAGCAAAUGCAGCUAAUUUAACCUAUUCAACAACCUGACUCAAACAGAGAGGAAUUAUAUUUAUGUUAGCUAGUUGGCUAAGGCUAUCCAACACGUCCAAUUCAAGGUGAGCUUUCGGUUUUAUAAAUGUAUUGCCACCGGGGCCCGCCGGUGUAACUGCUAAACUGCUUGCUGUACACUACUGCGUGAUUGUACACAUGGAUUGGAUUGUGUGUUUGGGUGAUCAGGGGUGUAUUCAUUCCGCCAAUUCUGUUGCAUAACGUUUCUUAAACAGAAGCAGACGGAACUAAACGGGCAUGGACCUAACUAAAUUUGUCCAAUAGAAACACUUGUUUUAGUUUUGCAACUGUUUGGACUAAUGAUUACACCCUAGAAUAGCUAGAUGCAGGCAAUAGUGUGCAAGGCAGUAUUGAAUGUGUCACUGUCUGUGACCUUGAUUACUCCAAUUUGUCUUUUGACCUGUGCACCUACGUUAUAAACGUUCAUUCAUAGGCUAGGUUGAGGCAACCUCAUGAUGGGGUAUAGGGAAAAUUUUAGUAUCAUGUAGUAGUGUAAACAUAUGUUACAUUGAGCUGGUUGAAUGGAAUAUGAAAGACUGACAGUCAUCCAACAUGCUGUAAUAGAAAUAAGGCCAUGCUCAUAAAAAAAAUAACGUCCUCCCUAAUUUUAAAUGGCACUGACCGCCACUGAUAUCUACACAGCUGAUUAGACUAUGACGUUAUAUGACUGUACUGUAUCUACAGAGAGUGGUGCCCUCCCUCUGCUUUAGUUUUAUCCCUGUAGAACUUAAUCUACCAUCUGCCUUUUUUCUCUCCCCUUCUAUUAACCUCUGUCAUCCUCUACACUCUACCCUAUCUCAUUUGUCUUCUCCCCUGCCCUGUCUCUCUGCCAUUCCUACCCACUCCCCUCUAUGCCUGCAGGGGUUCCAGUACUACACAUGAUCACAACGCCCUUCCCUUCCUUUAUGCACACUCUGGAGGACACAGUGGAACACAUCCAUUCUCAGACUAUCGAGAACCUCACCAAGGUGCUAGUGGUGUUCCUGGCUGAAUACAUAGGACUCUGA